AUGACAACAGCAUUACAUUCGAAAAAGCAUCGGAAACGACAUGAAAAAGAAAAGCAAUUGACUGUGAUGUUACUCGGCAGUGCUGCUGCUUUUUUAGUCUUUACAUUACCAACUGAAAUCAAUGAUACCAUUCGUGUUUUUACUCCUUCAAAUACAUCACAUAAUAAAGGUGUUAUAGCUUUGAUUACAGCAAUCUUUAUUGCUAUGGGCCAAUUAAACCACGCCAUUCAUUUUUAUAUUUAUACAUUGACGGGUGGCGUUUUUCGCAAUGAAUUAAUCCAGUUAUUUUCUCUAUCAAAACCGAAAAGAUUUGUCAAUCGCCGAAGUAAUACCGAACAAACUCUUCUCCAGUCGAAACAUGUUAUUCAUAAAAAUACAAUUCCUCAACUGGAGGUUCAUGCUUUUUGA